AUGGCUAUCACGCUGUGGCGAGAUGAUGGAGAUGGACGAUUACACGGUACACGGCAGCAGGCUGGGGUUUGGAGGGUUGUACGAGCGGCACUGCCCGAUGGCUUCCGCACACGCCGACGCCCUGCACGCCUCGCCUCGCCCGUUCAGCCGCCCAGUUUCGAGCCAGGCUUGACCAACACUCGACAACACGCCAAAUCGACAGCGGCAACCUACGUGGCAUCACAGAUUCAUCGCAGGUGCCGGACUGACGGACGAUGCUGACCAUGCCAUCUCUCCCCACCCUCUCCGCAGGCAAAGUACGCCUCGUCUCACCUCAUCAAGGACCGAAAGGCCGUCGGGAUCUCGAAGGGAACUUACCUCCGAGUUCACUUCAAGAACACUCGGUGCGUCGCAUCGUCCAUGCGGUCACCAACCCAGAGUGCAUUCAGGGCCGCGCGCUAACCUGCUUGCCCCCGUCGCAUUUGAACCUCCGCCCGUCAGUGAGACCGCAGCUGCCGUCACCGGCCGUGAGCUCGCCAACGCCAUCACCUACCUCGAGGAUGUCCAGGCGCACAAGCAAUGCGUUCCGUUCCGCCGCCACAACGGUGCCGUCGGCCGAACGGCCCAGGCCAAGCAAUUCGGUGUCGUCCAGGGUCGCUGGCCCAUCAAGUCGGCCAAGUUCUUGCUCGGUCUUUUGAAGAACGCCCAAUCCAACGCCGAGGUCAACGGACUCGACGUUAACGAGCUCAAGGUGCAGAACAUCAUCGUCCAACAGGCACCCAAGACCCACCGAAGGACCUACCGCGCCCACGGCCGAAUGAACCCUUACAAGGGCCACCCCACCCACCUCGAGAUCAUCCUUUCCCCCAUCGCCGCCGAAAUCGCCGCCGCUUCCGAAGAGAUCGUGGGUGGUGCCAAGGAGGACAAGAUCGCCGCCAUCGAGGACAUUGAUGCUUAA